GAGGACUUGGAAAUACCAUAUAUUGUAAUGGUAACCGUGAUGCACAUUCACUUACAAGUUUUCUUCAAUUUCCAGAACUCACCUGUUUGUGUUCGAUCGACUGUGCCGGGAGUGCUUGUCGUAGAUUUUUGUUUUUGUGGUAAUUGAGCUGUUCAUCGCCGAGUGUGCUGUGGAGAAAGUGACGUUAGGCUAGUGAGAAAGCCACUGAUAAUGAACAUAAAAUCCAGCAGUCACCCCACUGUCGUAUCACACAGAAAAGAAAAAAGGCGGAGGGUUAGAGUGGGGGAUCCAGAUUUCAAACCACCAGAUGGAGGAUGGGGCUGGUUGCUUGUCGUGGCCUGUGGUUUUGGCAAUCUGUUUUCUUUUCCGAUGUUCCAUCAGUUUGGAUUAGUUUUCAAAGAAAAAUUUGCGCUUGUAGGAAUAGAUACUAGUCAAACUUUAACGAUAUUGAAUUUAUGUGUGGCUUUCAAUACCGGAGUAGGUUUACUGAAUGGCCCAAUAUUCAAACUAUUCUCUCACAGACAAGUAGCCCUUGUGAGUGCUCUUGGCGUAGUUGUUUCCCUAAUUGUGUUAUCAAAUUGUGUGUCUUUCUGGUCUCAUAUACUCAUGUAUUCUUUAUGUUACGGAGCCAGUUUUGGUUUACUGGAAUCAGCAAACUCUUUAGCCAUCAACACCUACUUCAAAGAGAAAAGAAGAUCAGCUACAGGCUAUUCCUGGACACUCACAGGCUUUGGUCCUAUAGUUUGUCCCUACAUUAUGGUAUUUCUCGAACAUAUUUAUGGAGUGAAUGGAUUGAUAUUCAUUUUUGCCGGUGUUGCCAUGCACUCUUUUGCCUGUGCGCUCUUCCUCCAACCAGUCGAGUGGCAUACACCUUAUAGGGAACCAACUAUUGAACCAGAAAAAAGUUUCGAUAGCGACAAGCAAAGUCUAGAAAACUCCAAUCAGUUCUUCUCAAACGAAGGAUAUUGUGCUUCAGAACCUAGCACACCAGUAUUGAACUCAAGAGUUACUCACAAUGAUACGAGAGACCUGUACCAGGAGAAUAUACUAUCAUCACAGAGGAGCGCGUUUGAUUUGGUCGACGAAAACGGGAAAGGCAAGAAACAAUCUAUGAAUACUCAACAGAAGAACGAAUCGAAUGCCAAUGAAAACGAAGCCUCCAUUCAACAACAAGAUAACAAUGUGGUAGCAGGAGGUGUCUCUCUCUUGACUUUCAAGGCGCUCGAUAUGGAACAGAAAGAAAUUUUAGAUGAAUCAGUGUCUGGGAAUCCUGUAGUCGUUGAAACGGCUACCAAACCGCUCGACAGCAUUUGGCAAAAGUUUUGCCACUAUUUUGACAUAGAUCUCUUGAAAGACCCAACUUAUGUUGCUCUCAACUUGGGUCUGACUUUUGCGAACGUGACUGAGAUGAAUUUCAGCCUGGCGACGCCUAUAAUUUUAGCCGAAUUCAAUUUUACGGAAUAUGAAACGGCCAACUUCAUGUCACUUUUAGCCGCCACAGAUAUCGUUGUUAGACUCAUCAGCUCCGUGGUUGCUGACAGGAUAGGGUGGAGCAACAGGACGUACUUCCUUCUUGGUGUUAUGAGUAUGGCAUUAGGGAGAGUCUUACUGGUCCACACACAGAGUUACUACAUAGGAAUGGUUGUGGCCGUCAUCAUAGGAAGUGGCAAAGCGCUCAGAACAAUAUUCAUGAUCUUAGUGAUUCCAUCACACGUACCUCUAGAACGACUGCCAGCAGCUUACGGCUUACAGUUUGCAGUGAGUGGAAUAACAUUCGUGGUCUUAGGACCAGUUGUAGGCUGGAUUCGAGAACGAGUUGGAAGUUAUGUGCUUACCCUCCACAUCCUCAAUCUACUGACCUAUAUCACAGCCAUCGCCUGGACUAUUGAUAGUUGGUGUACGACAAAAAGGAAAGAAAAAGACAACCUGAAAAGCAAGUCUGUUGACUGAUGAAUAAAAAAUGGUGACUGGAGCUAAAGCUGGACCAGUAAUGCAAAGAAGCGAUUAAAAGGAAGACAAGAAUUCAGUAAAGAAGUUUUGAAGAUGAGUUGUACGUACCUACGAUCAUCUUCAAGAAACUGUACGCCGAUCGUAGUACAAAAUAUCGUUUUAAAAAUAUAUUUUUCAAAGCAGA